AUGUUUUCCCCAUUCAGCCAGAAGACGCAGGGCUCGUCGCAGGCUUUCAAUCCUUUCGCUCCUCGGCCGACCGGUGAAGGAGCAUCAUUUGGCAGUGAUGGUGCAGGGGGAUCCAACUCACUCAACAAGAGUAAGCGGAAGAAUGGAUUUGGGGGAGACAGCGAUGUGGAGAAGAAGCUCAACGUCAACAAUCCGUUCAAGGGCAAGGAUGGGAGCCUGAGCGACAGCGGGAGGCAAUGGAAGAAGCGAGGUGGAGAUGGAGAGAAGAAGCCGGCAGAAAACAAAAAGAAUUCCAAAAAGGCACGCGGUGGUACAAAAGGGCUGCAGCAGAAUACCGAUGGCCGCAGCAACGGUGUGCAGGCUGCCACAAGCGCCGAGGACGACAACACAUCACGCCCCAGUUCGUCUUCGAGUGCGAGCUCCAUUGACGAAAAGCUCGACAAUGCAGCUAUGCGCGCUACCGACCCGUACUCGAAGAAGGUAUACGACCGGCUGCGGAAGGAUGGCAUCAGUCCUCCAUCUUGGCCAUCUCAGCCUGGAAAUCCAAACAGCAAGACGGAGAUGGCCAAGUUUAGGGAAAAAUACGAAGAAUAUCGACAGAAAGUGCGCGCGUCUCUCACCAAAGCCUCUCUUAUCGACGACCCGGACAAACGAAAGACUCUGGAAAACGCCAUCACGUUCCGAGGUAUUUGCGAGGAUAUGUGCUCCGAGUACGAGAAGAUUACGCGAAUCACCGAAUUGGAUGUUCCCCAGCCCGAAAAAGAUGCACGAACAGGCUAUGCCAAGACGAGUAAAAUGGUCAAGAAGCUGGCGCGUUCGGCUGCUGGACAGGAAGCUCCUCUCCCGAUGGAUGUCCGCUCUACGGCUGCCCUACGACGUACUCUGGAUUAUCUGAUUGACGACCUACUCCGCGACGACGAAAACUUACCGGGCUUACACGGAUUUCUGUGGGAUCGAACGCGAGCCAUCCGUCGAGAUUUCACCUUUUUCUCCUCUCCUACGGCCGAUGAUUUGAAAACGCAAGCAUAUGUACUGGAAAAUAUUGCGAGGUUUCAUGUCACGGCUCUGCAUCUUCUGUCACAGCCAGGAAAGGCUGGCGAAGACUUUGUCGAACAGCAGGAACUCGAGCAACUUGGCAAAGCUCUGCUUUCUCUCCGAGAUUUGUACGAUGAUUGUAAUGCUCAGGGUAUUACGUGUGAAAACGAAGCCGAAUUCCGCGCAUACUAUCUGCUCUUCCAUGCCCAUGAUUCCAAUACGGUUGAGAUGCUGCAGCGGCAAUGGAAACCACACUUCUGGAGGGAUUCAGACGAUAUAAGGACCGCAGUAUCACUCGUUGAAGCAUUGCAAAACACCGCCGAUUUUCAUGGCCCAUUAAAGGCAGCCCCGUUUUUGGCGGCGUCGAAUGCUUUCCACUCAUUCUUUCGAAUUGUCGAAGACCCCAGUGUCUCAUAUACCAUGGCUUGUUUUGCGGAGUGUCAUUUUCCCCAGCUUCGCCGGUCAAUUCUGCGAGCUGUGAAGCGAGCAUUAGCCCGGCCCAAAGAUACGGCAAACGACUUGACGGCUGCCGCUUUGAACAAGUUUCUUCGAUUCGAUACAGUUCAAGAAGCCAUCGACUUUGCGAAACUUCAUGGCAUCGAAUUCGUCCCAGAUAAGCAGGCACCUAUGGACCCUGACCAACAAUGCUUGAUUUUGAAUAACAAAGAGCCACUUCGACACCCCCGUCUUCACCAUCAAUUCUCACAGACUCUCGUGGAAAAGAAGCGACGAAAUCGGCCUUUACCAGAUGUUAUGCAUAAAACAAUCUACGAGGACUCAACUACGUCUUUCCAAUCCGGCAGCUUCUCUACGCAAGAAGGAUCUCUGUUUAUGCCAGACACAGCACCGGUAACACCAGCCGAAUCCCCGCCGAUACAACCACAAAAUUCUACAUCUCUUCCUGCGUUUGGCCAACCCUUAAGCGGGUUUGGAAGCAACCCCCUCGGCACACAACAAGCUUCAGAGCAACCAGCCAGCAUAUUUGGAGCGCCUGAUGUACAAAAAUCUACUCCAUUUUCGAACCCCUUCGCUUCUGCUUCGACACCUUUUGGCAGCAAGCCGACUCUGGGUUCUACAGCACCUGCUUUGCCUUCUAGCAAUGCACCUACGACAGCCAACCCUUUUGCAUCUGCUAUCACGUCAAGCAAUGCUUCUCAGAAUCCAUCCGCACUACCAUCAAUCUUGGGUGGAAGCACGGCUGUUAAUCCUGUUAAUCCUUUUGCACAAGCAGCGCCAACCCCUUCACCAAGUUUUUCGGGUUUCCAAAGCAAGCCACCAUCUCAACCGCAAACUCAGCCAUCUGCAAGUCAAGGCGGCUUUCCGUCAUUUUCUCCACCAACGGCUGUGAAUGGAAUUGCUCCCCCACCAAAGAUUUCCUUUGCUGGACUCGGAGAGCAAAAGCCUGCCUUAUCAGAGCCAUUUGGUGGGGAUAAAGCACCUAUAUUCCCCCCAGCUGCGGAUACAGCCAAAGGAGAGACAACCCAGUCUAAGCCUAGCUUUUUUGCUUCUCCAUCACCAGCUUUUGCUUCGGCAAGCACGAGCAAACCGACGGCCUCUGCAGGGGUGCCAGCAAUUUCGCCUUUCUCAAGUUUGACGGGAACGAGUAAGAGCAUAUUAUCCUCUGAUCUAGGCUCAAAACCGUUAUUACCCUCGCAGAGCCAGUCCCCAUUGAAUGCGGACAAUAAGCCAUCACCAUUCCCGCCAGCUGGUGACAGCCUUGACUUCUUGUUGUCAGGCACGCUUGACAAAGAAACGCCCAAGGGUGGAAUAUCUACUUCACCGUUUUCUGACUCUCUGCUGGGACAAAAGCCUAAAACGGCCGAAGAACCAGCUCUCUUGCGCCCUGGCACUUUGCAAAGUUCUUCUUCCGGUUUCCCAGGACUUGGUUCUCCAACAACUAGUCGCAAAUUUGAUCCGGCUGCCAGUACCACCCCAACCUCCUCUCCUCCUCGGAGUGCCAUCUUUUCUACUACUCCACUCUCACCCGCUCCCCCAAGACCAGUGACUUCACCGCGCGAUCUGCUAGGCGACUUCACAAAGUGGUUUGUGAAUGGAGACAAUGGGCUGAUGAAGGAAUUUGAGAUUUUCAUGGUAGAAAACAUUGUACGAGAAACUUUCGACAAAUUUCAAAAGGAUGAGAAGGAGAGAAUGGCCAGAGAGAAAGAGGAGCAAGACGAAGCGGAAGCUAAGAGAUUCCGGAUAUAUAACCUCUCUCUGAAAUAUUUUUACCGGUGGAAGAAAACUGCUCGGGAGAGGCGUCUAAGGCAGCUGCGUCAAAGUGGACGCGACCAAUUCCGCGCGUUUCGCGAAGCUCAGAGAGCAGCACAACUCAGGGAAGAGCAGGAGGCUACUCGACGAAUGGCCAGCCAAAAGGCAGAACUGGCUUCUCUCAAUCGCCCUGAUGAGCUAGCGACAAUACUCAAGAAAAAUCGACAAAGUAAGAGGAAAGCAGAAGAAGCACUGCUUGCGUCCGGCGUCUUAUCUGGUGUUGCCAACGAGAGGAGAGCGGUCUCAGCAAUCUUCCGCAACGAUUACCGACUAUCGCCUACCCCGUCGUCGAUUAAUGGGAGCCAGGGGAUUCGAUCUCGGUCUGGAUCAAUCGCAAGCACGGAGGGUGGUUCAAAAACCCGGGCUUUGCGCGAACGACUUUUAGGAGAAAAGCCUGGGCGAUUCCAGCGUUCCCUGCCUUCUGUAUCAGCAGGUAGCUCACCACCGGAGAAAUCACGCGUAAGCAAAGUAUCUGAGCGCUGGCGACUGAAAGCUAUGGGCAUUGUACAGUUGCCUGACGGAACUGCCUUACCGGAAUCCAUGGUGGACGAUAUCAAACGCGGUCUCAAGAAGGAUACAGGUUUUAGAGGAAGCGCGAGCUUAAGGGGAAGCCUUAGAGGAAGUGCAAGCCUUAGAGAGAGUACAUUGAUCCGACGGGCGUCAAUCACCAGCGCCGCAUCGACGAUAGCAGCAGCAGCGGUGCGGCCGCAAAGCCCUAUGGCAUUCACAUCCUCUCGAGAAGACCCCUUUCUAGAUAGCCCGUUGACCAUCAACAACAAGAGGAAGCGAUCUGUGGGAGAUGCAGAGGAGACGGCCAAAGAGCAAGUCAAAGAUACGGAUUCACACAAACGCGUCAUGAGCGAUGCGGAUAUUUUAAUACAGGAACUUAGGGCGAUGCGUCAGGAGAUGGAGGAGGGGACAACGUGGUUCAAAUCACAAAAUGGAAAGCUGCAAAGCGAUAUAUUGAGCAGAGGGGGCACGCCUCUGGACGAAAGCAUCAUGUGA